AUGGCAUCAAGAAGAGACUUGACACAGGGAAAUUCAUCUAAGAAAGAAAAACCGUUGCAACAAUUAGGAGAAACGCCCAUUUUAGUUAAGGUUGAUAGGGCAGAAACCGACGAGGACUUGUACAAAGCAAACAUAAAAUUGCAGGGCCAUGAAGGUGUCAGCAAGGACGAUGAGAUUGAGAAUAAACCAACGAAACGGCCCAACCUAACCGUUUUAACACAAAAUUUCGGCAGCUCAUCAGCGAACAAGGCUUCAGGGACUAGUCAAUUAUCUACUACAAGUAUCAGAUCUCAUCUCAAAAACUUGAUAUCACCAUCAAGAGCUUUAGAUUCAGAGAUCAACAAUGAAUUGCGACCUCCCUCGGACACAGAUGAUCAUUUAGCUCCGCACGAAAAACGCUUUUCGUUGACUUCUGGUGUGAGCGGUGAUGAUGAUAAUGGCGACAACUUGAGAUCAGCCAAUAUCAUAUCCACUAUUGAUGAAGGUGAUCUCAGCGAUUUCAAGGAUUUACAGGAUGAAUUUGAGAAUGCAAUGCAGAAGGGCAGCUCUACUUGGCUUCCGCAGACCAAAAGCUACAAUGACGAGGCACAGUACCGCGAGUCCAGAACGAGUUCAACCCAGGGAGAAGUUAAUCAGCAUUCGCGUUCCCCAAGCCGAUCCAGAAGCAACAACAGAAGCCCAAGCCCUUUCAAAGCUCGUGAGACAAACUCACAAAGCCACCAAACGGCGCCCGCUCCUCUUAGUACUUCUCCGAGUGUUCAAACGGUUAAGAAAGUUGCAUUUGGUAGCUCUGAAGAAUACGAGGAACAGAUUGUUUCAGAUAGCAGUGAAACAGGCUCCGACUCGGAGGUCUCACACAACGAACGGCCGACUCAACCUUCUUUAGUUUUGUGUGGGAAAUCUUUAGGCAUCUUCCCUCCUAACAAUCGAUAUCGUCUCAAAAUGGCCUCACUUGUCAUGAGCAAAUGGACUGCACGUUUCAAAGUUUUCCUUUCAAUCUCCAUGGUGGUUCUUCUUUGCGUGUCAUUUGAAGGUAUGGAUGGUAGUAUAGCCUACACUUCUUCGUCAAAAGGUGGACUACUGUUCGCUAUCAAUAUACUUUACACAUUCGAAAUUUCUGCACAGAUUUUUGCAUUUGGGUUUUGGGAUGAUUCGCAAUUAUUCCAUGCACGAGGAGAAGAGUAUAGAACGCUACUUCAGAUUCUUGGUUUUGCCAAAUUUUAUGACAACCUUGAAUCCAAAUACGGAUCGGUCUUCAUGAGAAGAAUAUUUCCCUUCGAUAUCAAAGGUUAUGCACUUGCUGGCAAGACUGCUGACAAACAACUAAAAAGCUCCGUCACAUUUGUCGGUACACCAGGUGAGCUCCAAGCAGAUAUUCCCCUAUAUCGUGCAUACGCGCGCAGCAGCUGGAAUAGAGUUGAAUUUAUUUCUACCGCUUGCUUUUGGGUCUCCUUGCUACUGUCUAUAAAUGACUACGAUGCUAAACACGGUGUACUCAUAUUUAAAACUCUGGCAACAUUGCGUAUACUGAAGCUCGCAACCGGUGAGGAUAGUAGUCAAUCGCCUGUUUUGAAAAGUGUCAAGUAUGGACUACCGCAAUUAAUCAAUGUUUGUUUCAUGCUGCUUUACUUUUGGAUUCUUUUUGGCAUUCUCGGUGUUCAGAGUUUUCAAGGAUCACUGAGAAGACAGUGCGUCUGGACUAAUCCUGAUGAUGCUACCGAGACUUACGAAAACAGUAUGCAGUUUUGUGGGGGGCAUUUACAACCCGGUACUAAAAAACCGAUGCCUUAUGUUUUUAGUGACGGCAGAGACGGCCCUUUAGCAAAAGGAUUCCUAUGCCCGCAAAACUCAAAAUGUGUUUCUAACCAAAAUCCACAUAAUGGAAGAGUAAACUUUGACAACAUUUUGAGUUCUAUGGAACUUGUUUUUGUGACUAUUAGUGCCAACACUUUCACUGAUAUCAUGUACUACACUAUGGACUCCGACAGCAUGGCUGCAUCUCUAUUUUUUAUCUCCUGCAUCUUUUUCCUGAACAUUUGGAUGAUUAACUUAAUGAUUGCAGUAUUGGUCUCCUCCUUCGAGAAAGCAAAUGAGAUGUGGAGAAAGGGUGUAAAAAAAAACAAUCCCAAACCAUCCCGCUUCAAACGCAUCGUAACGACUGUUACACGUUACGUCCUAAAGAAAGCAAAUUCAAGGGAUCUACCAAACAAAAGUAAGGAAUGCAUAAAGUGGUACAAAAAGUCUGAAUUCCUUUUUGUUAUGGUCAUCAGCGCUGAUCUCAUAAUGCAAUCGACCAUUAGCUCUGACAGUACUGAGAAUGACAUUAAGAACACGCUGAUAUUUGACCGAGUUACAACGUAUAUUUUACUCUUUGAAUGCGUUAUAAGAUUUCUGUGCUACUCGCCUAACUUGUGGAAGAUACUGACAAAGCCUAACUAUAUCUUUGAUCUAUUAACUUGUAUCGUGUCGGUCGUGAUUACGGUACCAACAAUUCGUGAGCGUUUAGGACAGAACUAUUACUGGCUCAAUAUAUUUCACGUUGUGCGGUUUUACCGCGUUAUUACGAUGAUCAAGGUUACUAGAAAUUUAUGGAAACAAGUACUGGGAAACGCUCUAUUGAUUUGGGAUUUGUCGGGAUUCUACUUUUUUUUUCUAUUUCUGGUAUCCAUAAUCGUAUCAGUCUAUUUCAGUGGAACGGUACCAGCCAGCCAAAUAGACGAAAAUCCUUAUGCGAUCUAUAAUAUCUCAACCGCGUUCCUCACUCUUUUCAUCAUAGGUUCUACUGAAAACUGGACCGAGUCUUUAUACACUUUGCAAGAAUAUGCGCCUAACUAUUCAUCACAAUUCUUUGGCUCAGUGCUUCUAAUUAUGUGGUUUUUCUUAGCUUACUUUGUCAUGAUGAACAUCUUUAUUGCUAUUAUCGCAGAGAGCUUGGACGUGCCUGAGGAAGAAAAGCGUCCUUUACAGAUUAAGCAUUACUUGAAACACGUUUAUCCAGAAAAAAUCAAAGAGUUCACUAGUGCCACCUUAGUGCGUCGUAUCAAGAAUAAGAUUUUCAAAAACUAUACUGGUGACGACUCGCGAGAUUUUAGACAGUUUUUGUUCAGAGGAACUGCGAUAGUUAGUAUCGCUCAGCAACAUAACAUUUUGGAUUUUUCAGCUUCGACAGAGAACAACAGAGAAAACCCAGGAAAGACUUUCCUCGCUAGGAAAUUUAAACGGCUUUCAAUUGUCAAAUCGUUCACUAAAAAUCCUUUCUACCGCAAGCCUGAAGUAAUUUACAUUGAAUCAACUGAUUCAGUGGGAUUAAACAAGAAGUAUACAUUAAAGUUGAAUGAUUUUGAAGAAGAUAAACUGCAGUAUAUGAAUAAGCACCCGUUCUACAACAAUUCUUACUUCAUUUUUCCACCAAACCACAUUUUUCGGAGAUUUUGCCAGAGUCUUACCCCUCCCAGUGUUGGGAAAAGAACUGAUGGCUACCGCUUUUUUGAAGAUUCCACAAACAUCUAUGGAAGAAAUUCUCACUUUCGGCAUAUUAAGCGGGAUCUUUUUGUGGCGUUAAUUACUGUUCUUACAGUUUUGAUGGUAGCGUACUCUUGUUCUAUCACUCCUCUUUACCGUAUGAAGCAUACCUCUGUCCACAGAUGGUCUGUUUACUUUGAUGCAGUAUUUGCCACCAUUUUUUCACUCGAGUUUGUUAUCAAAACGGUAGCUGACGGUUUAGUACACACACCGAACGCUUAUCUUCGAAAUCCUUGGAACUGCAUAGAUGUGACCGUGUUGAUAUCGAUCUGGAUAAAUUUUAUUGCAAGCUUAAGGGGAGAUGAUGAUUUAUCGCGCGUUUUCAAAGGUCUCACUGCCUUGAGAGCGCUUCGUUGCCUCACCAUUAGUAAAACUGCUAGGUCAACAUUCAAUCAAGUUUUGUUUGACGGGAUCGGUAAAAUUAUUGGCGCCGCUACUGUUUCAAUGACACUACUGUUCCCAUUCGCGGUAUGGGGCCUGGGAAUUUUUAGGGGACGUCUUGGUACUUGUAACGACAGCGUGGAUAUGUCUCGUUGUUACAAUGAGUUCAGUAACGAGGUUUAUGACUGGGAUGUUUUGAUGCCACGGGUGUACUCAGAACCAUACCUCUACAUGAACUCUUUUUCAAGUGCUUUCCGGUCUCUGUACGAAAUUGUCUCUUUGGAGGGUUGGGUCGAUAUCUUGGGUAACAGCAUGGCAAGCACCGGAGUAGGGACAUUACCCCGUACAUUUGCAACACCGCAGAAUGGGUUUUUUUUCGUGCUUUUCAAUUUUUUGAGCAUGAUCUUCAUCUUAACACUGUUUGUUACAUUUAUUAUGCGUAAUCAUGCGAGAAGAACUGGAAGUGCAUUUCUUACCAUUGAAGAGAAAUCUUGGCUUGAGGUCAAAAGACUGCUUUCUCAAGUAAGACCUGAGCCCACGCCAGAGGUUCUCAACAUGAGUCGCAUUAGGGUUUUUUGCUACCGCUUAGCCGUAGAAAAAGCGUAUUUUUGGUACACCCUCUUUUUACAAGCUGUCCUUUAUCUCCAUAUCCUGACUUUACUCCUCUACACCUACCGAGAAACAAAUCCUCUUGAAACAUACCAAAAUGUCGUCUUCAUGAUUUCCACCACAGUUUUCUUGUGCCAAGAGAUACUUUACAUCACUGGAAAGGGAAUAAAGCUGUGGCUUGCGAGGAAAUGGGAUGUUUUCAAAUGUUUUGUAGUUUUGACGUCUUUUUGCUUCAACAUUGUGCAAUAUCUCGUUCCAGGAAAUAAAGUUGGCAUCACCAACGUUCGAGAUCUCUUCCAGCUGGUGAUAUUUCUGUUCGUCAUUCCACAGAGUGACGUACUGAGUGAACUCAUUAGUACUGCAAUGGCUAGUAUGCCUUCUAUCUUAUCUUUGACAUACACUUGGGGUAUUUUGUUUUUGGUGUACGCUAUCGCAUUAAACCAAAUUUUUGGUCUUACAAAGUUAGGUCCAAACACCACUGGAAACCUAAAUUUUAGAACUGUGACCAAAAGCUUAAUAGUUCUAUUUCGCUGCAGCUUCGGUGAAGGUUGGAAUUAUAUUAUGGUAGACCUUACAGUCACCUCACCGUUUUGCUACGUUGACACAACUUCUGGUCUCUCUGAUUGUGGUUCAAAGCCGUAUGCAUAUGUCUUACUGAUGUCCUGGAACAUUUUAUCAAUGUACAUCUUUUUGAACAUGUUCGUGUCACUGGUCCUGGAAAACUUCAGCUAUCUAUACCAUGCGGGAUCUGGCUUCAAAUCGGUCGCGAGUAGAGACGAGAUUCGGAGGUUCAAGAAUGCUUGGAAAAAGUUGGAUCCUGAUGGAAUUGGAGAGAUUGAACACAACCAUUUGCCGCGCUUGAUGCGCUCCUUUGACGGCCUUUUGUCUUUCAAAAUAUGGGAGGGCAGGCUUUCAGUCAAAAACCUGGUAGAAAACUACAUGACAGUCAACCCGCAGGAUCCGUAUGAUGUUAAUGUCGAUAUUGAAGGCUUGAACAAUGAGUUACAAAGUGUUGACAGAGUAAAAAUUAUCGAAAGAAAACAGCAGUACAGAAGAUUUAUCCAGGAGGCGCGUGCCCUGAGUGCAUUUAAAAAUGGCGUCUCCUUCAGCAAACUCAUUCAGCAGAUUCCGAUGUACACUACUUACUCGCCACAGGAAUGCUUGGGUAUUGACGAAUAUGUCAAGAGGCUUUACGUCAUGGGAAAAGUUGAUAGAUUCCUCGAAAAUGAAAGGAAUGUUGACGUUUUGGAGAUGAUGGUUACACGGUGGAAGUUUCUCUACGAGAAAAGACGGUUAAGGACCAAGGGCAGAUCGAAAGCCCAACAGAGGCAAAGUGACAUACCCAAUGUCACUAUCACCAAUUCAGAUCAACCUGGCACACCAAGACUGGAUUUUAGCGUUAAUAAUUUUAACUGGUCUCCUCGAAGGGGCGGAAUUCAGGAGCAGUCAGACAGUUUGAAUGCUUCCUUCGGAAAUCAUGAUUCUGAUGACGCGAACCGUGGAAUUUACCAGUGA